AUCUCUGUGCCUUCCAUGGUUGCCUUUGCUGGUAACUUGUACCAAGAUGUUGAUGUCACUUGGGGCGAUGGCAGAGGUCAGAUUCUGAACAAUGGUCAGCUUCUUACUCUGUCACUUGACAGGGCCUCUGGCUCUGGCUUUCAGUCCAAGAAUCAGUAUCUCUACGGCAAAAUUGACAUGCAAAUCAAACUUGUCCCGGGAAAUUCCGCUGGCACAGUCACCGCUUUUUACUUACAGUCAUCCGGGUCAUCUUGGGAUGAGAUAGACUUUGAGUUUCUGGGCAAUCUGAGCGGUGAUCCUUACAUAGCUCAUACUAAUGUGUACACCCAAGGCAAAGGUAACAGAGAGCAACAAUUCUACCUAUGGUUUGACCCAACUGCAGAUUUUCACACCUAUUCCUUUCUCUGGAAUCCUGUACAUGUUGUGUUCUAUGUUGAUGGGAGACCCAUUAGAGAGUUCAAGAACAUGGAGGGUGCGGGUGUUCCCUACCCAAAGAACCAGCCAAUGAGGUUAUACUCUAGUCUGUGGAACGCUGAUAACUGGGCAACAAGAGGAGGGCUUGUGAAGACAGAUUGGAGUCAAGCUCCAUUCACUGCGUCUUUCCGGAACUUCGGAGCCAAUGGUUGUGUAUGGUCCAAUGGGGUUUCUUCAUGCAAUUCCACCUCUUCUGACAAGGCUUGGCUAUCUCAAAAGCUUGAUGCCACUAGCCAGAAAAUGCUGAAAUGGGUGCAGAAGAAUUACAUGAUCUACAAUUACUGCGCAGAUAAUCAACGGUUCCCUCAGGGUCUGCCUCUGGAAUGCACAGUGCGCACCAAGUCAUAA